AUGGCGCUGUGGGACGCACUUCGAUUCAUCGCAGGGAUACACGCUUUCAACGAGUCAGUCCAAGAACUAGAGUAUGGAGUGGAGAAAAGCCUCUUCAUGCAGCUAGCAGACAGAUGGUUUGCGGUGAUGUCAGAGGACCUUGAUGCAGAGGAAGAUUACAUUGAAAGCGAUACUGAACAUGACACUGAAGACGAAUUGGGAGACAGCUGGGACAUGACUUGGUAG